GGGGCGGGGCGGUGACGUCGCGGUCCCGGCGGCCCCGCACAAUGGCCGUCGGGGCGGGGCCGGGCCGGGGCCUGCAGCCGGGGGCCGCCGCAGCGCCGCCGAGCGCCGUGGGGCGGUGUGGGUCUGAGCAUCCUCCCCCGCAGGCUGAGCGCCGUGGGGCGGUGUGGGUCUGACCAUCACCCCCCCCAGGCCGAGCGCCGUGGGGCAGUGUGGGUCUGACCAUCACCCCUCCCCAGGCUGAGCGCCAUGGGGCAGUGUGGGUCUGACCAUCACCCCCCCCCAGGCCGAGCGCCGUGGGGCGGUGUGGGUCUGACCAUCCUCCCCCGCAGGCCGAGCGCCGUGGGGCGGUGUGGGUCUGAGCGUGCCCCCCCCAGGCCGAGCGCCGUGGGGCUGCGGGGGCGCCGCCAUGGCCAAGCGGGAGCCCGGCGCCAGCCCCGUGGUGCGGCAGAUUGACAAGCAGUUCCUGGUGUGCAGCAUCUGCCUCGACCGCUACCGCAGCCCCAAGGUGCUGCCCUGCCUGCACACCUUCUGCGAGAGGUGCCUCCAGAACUAUAUCCCGCCCCAGAGCCUGACCCUGUCCUGCCCCGUGUGCCGCCAGACCUCCAUCCUGCCCGAGCGCGGCGUCGCCGCCCUGCAGAACAACUUCUUCAUCACCAACCUCAUGGAGGUGCUGCAGCGCGGCCCCGACACCCCCGGCCCCGGCCCCGGCCCCGGCCUCGACCCCGUCAGCGCCGCCACCGGCCAGCCGCUCCCCUGCCCCAACCACGAGGGCAAGGGCAUGGAGUUCUACUGCGAGCCGUGCGAGACGGCCAUGUGCGGGGAGUGCGCGGCGGGCGAGCACCGGGAGCACGUCACCGUGCCGCUGCGCGACGUGGUGGAGCAGCACAAGGCCGCCCUGCAGCAGCAGCUCGACGCCAUCCGCAGCAGGCUCCCGCAGCUGGCGGCGGCCAUCGGGCUGGUGACGGAGAUCAGCAAGCAGCUGGUGGACCGCAAGAACGAGGCCGUGUGCGAGAUCGGCAGCACCUUCGAGGAGCUGGAGAAGGCGCUGCGGCAGCGCAAGGCCCUGCUGGUGCGGGACCUGGAGGCCACCUGCGGCGCCAAGCAGAAGGUGCUGCAGGCGCAGCUGGAGGCGCUGCGGCAGGGCCAGGAGAACAUCCUCAGCAGCUGCGCCUUCACGGAGCAGGCGCUGCACCACGGCACGGAGACGGAGGUGCUGCUGGUGAAGAAGCAGAUGAGCGAGCGGCUGAGCGCGCUGGCCAGCCAGGAGUUCCCCGAGCACCCGCACGAGAACGACCAGCUCGACUACGUGGUGGAGACGGACGGCGUCCGCAAGUCCAUCCUCAACCUGGGCGUGCUCAUCACCACCAGCGCCACGGCGCACGAGACGGUGGCCACGGGCGAGGGGCUGCGGCACGCCGUGGUGGGGCAGCCCUCCUCGCUCAGCGUCACCACCAAGGACAAGGACGGGGAGCUGGUGCGCAGCGGCAGCGCCAGCCUGCGCUUCCAGGUGACGGGGCCGGACGGCGGCGCCGCCGACGCCGAGGUGCUGGACAACAAGAACGGCACCUACGAGCUGCUGUACACGCCGCGCGCCGAGGGCGACUUCCUGCUCUCCAUCCUGCUCUACGGGCAGCCCAUCCGCGGCAGCCCCUUCCGCGUCCGCGCCGUCAAGGCCUGCGACGUGCCGCCCUCGCCCGACGACGUCAAGCGCCGCGUGAAGUCGCCCAGCGGCGGGCACAUCCGGCAGAAGGCCGUGCGCCGCCCGUCCAGCAUGUACAGCAGCGGCAAGAAGAAGGAGAACCCCAUCGAGGACGAGCUCAUCUUCCGCGUGGGAAGCCGCGGUCGGGAGAAGGGGGAGUUCACCAACCUCCAGGGCAUCUCCACCUCCAGCACCGGCCGCAUCGUGGUGGCCGACAGCAACAACCAGUGCGUGCAGGUGUUCUCCAACGAGGGCCAGUUUCGGCUGCGGUUCGGCGUGCGGGGCCGCUCGCCCGGCCAGCUCCAGCGCCCCACCGGCGUCACCGUGGACAUGAACGGGGACAUCAUCAUCGCCGACUACGACAACCGCUGGGUCAGCAUCUUCUCCCCCGAGGGCAAGUUCAAGACCAAGAUCGGGGCCGGGCGGCUGAUGGGCCCCAAGGGCGUCGCCGUGGACCGCAACGGCCACAUCAUCGUGGUGGACAACAAAGCCUGCUGCGUCUUCAUCUUCCAGUCCAACGGCAAGCUCGUCACCAAGUUUGGGAGCCGGGGCACGGCCGAGCGGCAGUUUGCAGGUACACUCGAUGGGCCCCAUUUCGUGGCAGUCAACAACAAGAACGAGAUCGUGGUGACCGACUUCCAUAACCACUCCGUGAAGGUGUACAACGCAGACGGCGAGUUCCUCUUCAAGUUCGGGUCGCACGGUGAGGGGAACGGGCAGUUCAAUGCCCCCACCGGGGUGGCCGUGGACGCCAACGGCAACAUCAUCGUGGCCGACUGGGGCAACAGCCGAAUUCAGGUCUUCGACAGCUCGGGCUCCUUCCUCUCCUACAUCAACACGGCUGCCGACCCGCUGUACGGGCCGCAGGGCCUGGCGCUCACCUCGGACGGACACGUGGUGGUGGCCGACUCCGGCAAUCACUGUUUCAAGGCCUAUCGCUACCUGCAGUAGCUGCGGGGCCCGGGCCGCGCGGGGCGGCCCCGGUGCCCCCCUUGGGGACCCGCCCGCCCGGCCUCGGCCCCAGCGCCGCGCGCCCGCGGGGGCUGCAGAGCCGGGCCGGCAGCUCCGGCGUCCCGUGGCCGCGGCUCUCCAGGCUGGUGGCUCCGGCGUCCCGUGGUCACGGGUCCCUGGCCAGCAGGAGCCCUGUGCCGUGGGGCAGGGUGACCCGGGAGGGACGGGCGCUGGGCUCGGGGGCUCUGCCCGCCGUGGGGCAGGGUGGCCGGGGAGGGACGGGCGCUGGGCUCGGGGGCUCUGCCUGCCCUGCCCCGGCCCCUGCCCGGCGUGGGGCUGCCGUGGGGCGUGCCCCCCAGCGCUGCACCCCCCGCCCAGGCCUUCGUUGCACUUUACCCCUGCGUUGGGGGUGGCCGGGCCCAGAGCUGGGGCGAGGACGGGUCCGGCCGGGGCGCAGGGUGCUGGGGGGGCUGCGGGGGCCGGGGACGUGCCCCGUGCUCUGCCCCACGGUGGUGUCCGGCAGCCCCGCACGCUGGCUCCCGCUGCAGCAGUGACCCCCGUGCGGGGGUCCUGGGGGCAGGCGGGGGGGUGGCACUGCCGUGGGGCGCCGGGGACCCCAUGCCCUGCGCGGGGGCAGGCGUGCGGAGGGGGGCACCGGCGCCCCACGGCCCCCGGCCCCACGGAGGCCCCGCUCGCUGCCCCGCUCGCCCGGCCCCGCUCCCCCAGCUUCGAGCCCAGCCCGGGCGCCGGCGCGUGCCCUGCCCCACGGCGGGGUCGCGCGGGCCCGCCGCCACGCGCUGACAAACUGUAUGUACAAAAUAAAGUAUUCUCCAAGUA